ACCACGUGCGGCAGCAACUGGGGCGGGAAAGUGGACGCUGGGGGCGCUGCGGAGUCAGAGUCCGCCUUGUCGGCUGCACCCGUGGGGGAGGAAGUGGGUUUCAGGCUUCCCGUAGACUGGAAAAAUCGGCUCAAAAUCGCUUGCCCCGCAAGGGCUGGGCCGGGGGCAGCGAGGCUGCCCGACGCAGGCUUCCGGCGAGACAUCGCUAGGCGGAGAGUGGCAGCCCCGUGGCAGGGCCGAGCCGGGAGCGCGAGCCCGCGGCCGCAGUUCCCGGGCGUCUGCGGGCGCGAGCACGCCGCGACCCUUGCCGUGCGCUGGGGCGGGGGGCGGGGCCUCGCCUGCACAAAUGGGGCUGAGGGGGCGUGGUGGCCGCAGUUUCGCGCCAAUCUCGGUCCGGCUUCUGAGAGGCCCGAGUGAGCUCGGUAGUGUUUGCUGGUGCCGCCAUGGUUCGUACGCUAAACUGCAUCGUCGCUGUGUCCCAGAACAUGGGCAUUGGCAAGAACGGGGACCUGCCCUGGCCCCCACUCAGGAAUGAAUUCAAGUAUUUCCAAAAAAUGACCACAACCUCUUCAGUAGAAGGUAAACAGAAUCUGGUGAUUAUGGGUAGGAAGACCUGGUUCUCCAUUCCUGAAAAGAAUCGACCUUUAAAGGACAGAAUUAAUGUAGUUCUUAGUAGAGAACUCAAGGAACCUCCACAAGGAGCUCAUUUUGUUGCUAAAAGUCUGGAUGAUGCCUUAAAACUUACCGAGCAACCAGAAUUAGCAAAUAAAGUAGACAUGGUUUGGAUAGUGGGAGGCAGUUCUGUUUAUAAGGAAGCCAUGAAUCAACCAGGCCAUCUUAAACUGUUUGUGACAAGGAUCAUGCAGGACUUUGAAAGUGACACAUUUUUUCCAGAAAUUGAUUUGAAGAAAUACAGACUUCUCUCAGAAUACCCAGGUGUUCUUUCUGAUGUCCAGGAGGAGAAAGGCAUUAAGUACAAAUUUGAAGUAUAUGAAAAGAAUGAUUAAUAUCUUCAGUGUUUUCUGAUUUAUUUCAAGUUGUUGCUCCCCCCUAAAAAAAUUAUACAUUUUUACAUUAGAAGAAAAGAUUUUC